UUUAAAUAUGCUUUAAGCUAACUGGAUUGUCAUCACUUGUCUUGUAUUGGUUAACAAUAACAGUUUUAAUAGAUAUAACACAUACUAGAAUAUGACGGAAAUUAGAUGGAUGCAUAUCCCGCCUAGGGUCUUUGCAUUGCGACUUUGCAAACUAGUUAAAAACUAGUUAUUUGUAAACUUUAUGGAUUUGUGUUGUAAUUUUAUACAACUUGUUUCAAAGUGAUAGUGUUAAUUUGAUAAAUAUACAGUGCAUCAUCUCAACAAAGGAUAACCACUCUGGAGACAAACAUAAAGACACGAGUCACAGACAGGGCCUUCUUAGAUACGGAGAAUGAAGUCACGGACUUGACCGUCUUAGUCACGUCCAUUGAGAGGAUGUAAUCGGAGAGAAACAGAUCUGGCAGGCUGGACUGUGUCUCCCGGCGCUUCUUGAAUGCAGUGACGAACACCAAAUUUAGAGUUCAGGAUAAAACGUUUGCCGUUUGAACGCUUCCAGUGCGAAUACUCGGGCAGACGUUAAAUAACUCCGACACGCAGACGUGAAUUUUUUAUCCGUUAAUGUGCAGAUGUGAAAUGUGUUUUGAUUCGACUGUCGUUUGAACGCUCCGUAUGAGAAUACAGUUUCAGACGUGAAAAACGUGUUUGCAUUAUACUGCCGGUUGAACCUUUCCAGUGACGAUACUUUGGCAGACGUUGGAUUACUGUUCAAAGCAGCCGUAAAAGUAAUUCAUUUAUGCAGAUGGGAAAAGUGUUUUAUACGAUUGUCGUUUGAACGCUUCAAGUGAGAAUAUUUCGACAUAUGUAAAAUUACAUUGAAAGCAGACGUAAAAAGCAGUUAAAUAAACUAUGAUGAUUAUGCACGCGGUGUGAAAAGGGACUAGCGGAAACGCACCGCCGUCUACAAGUAUAUGUAUUUACGAAGUUUCACAAUAACGUACAUGAUAUUUGGACGCUGAAAUAUCCUCUAACAUUUUUAAACUUAUACCAGAAUUAUGUCUGCACCAGAGUUGAAAGCAUAUAAAUAAUUUUGUCAAAAUUCUAAAAUAAAUUUAAGGUCGCUUAGAUCAUAUAUGAAGACACUGAAUAUCGACUCGAAAACCAAAAUAAUACCCCAUCAAAGAAAGUGAAUAUCAAUACAAAUUUAAUAUAGCUUUGACUUCAAAGGAAUUCUCGAACAAAUGCUGUGAAAAAAUAACCACACUUUUUGCAAAUCGAAUUGAAGAUCGGUAUAUUGGAAAGAAGUGAAUAAUAAAAUAGUUUAAGUUUUCUGAGACGACGUACGUAAAUAUAUGGACUUUGUAAAAUCCGAGAAACAGGAUAUGAACCAGCCUGAGUAGUUGAGGACAGUUACUUAUUGACAUAAGUUAGUGAAAAAUAGUUUUACAUGGUAUAUACUAUUUCAUUCAGCAGCUUACUCGUCUGGCUAGCUUAUAAGUAUAUCCUCUACAAGGUCAUUGCCUUGAGGUUGAUAGCUCUUAUAAAAACUAUUGUUAUGACGUUCUAUUUCAUAUCAUUUCAGUUUCUCCGUGAGCGUGUUGGAUUCUAUUGCAGGCAUCACUGUCCCGCUCAUAAAUAAACAAUAAUGAAUUAAAUAUGCAUGUGGUGACGAUAUAAAGGCAUGAAAUCGCGUAAUAUCUCGGACAUAUAUCGGCCCUUGGUUCAUAUCGGUUAUUAAUUAACUAUAGAGCAUCUCCGAGCAACGGAGACCAAAGGGCAGUCUUUGAAAACAUUUGUUUCCUUCGAGAAUGUCAACACGAUAAGGCUGAUUUGAAAGUUACGCAAUUUUGAACAUGUUCAUGCUACGUGCGCAUUCAUAUAGAUAAUUGCAUGUCAGUCAGUGUUUAAAGGAAGUCGCCGUCGUCUCAAUAUAACUAAUUACGUGAUUGGAACAUUUUCGGAGAACAAACAAUGCAGCAGGAGAUACCAAGGGGAACAAAUGAUCUACCGCUGGACCAAGGAAGUGUCUUGUUGCAAAUUAUUUCAAAGUGAAUGGCGUUAAGUAAUAGACUCCAAUCACGGAACUUGUAUUCAAACCAACUAUGUCAGCGGUGAAAUUGCUAUAUUUGACUGGAGAAUAACAAACAAUUUACGUAAUUUAUAGCUUUUUGGUGUAAGAAAACGUAUAACACUAAGAUAUCGGCUGAGAAGAGCCGACAAGCAGGGAGCGUGAACGAAUAUUAAAACGCUACACCCAAAAGAGAAGAAGAGAGGUAUUUUAUAGCUGGUCAGGAAGUCAAACACACAGUUGACAACCCUAACUACGUACGCAGUGAUCAGAUAGUUCAAUACUGUUGAUGGAUGGUCAUAACAGCGCUGUUGUUGGACAUACAAAGAUGAUCUGAGUUCCCGUUUGUACAUACCGUUUACCAGCGUCACAGUCUGAGGUCAACACCAGUGUUACCAUGGAAAUCGAGAAGGUAGCGCCCCUUUCAACGUCGACGUCAAAUUCCUGGGCCCUGAACGAGGUUCAUGGCCCCAUGACGUACACACGUGUGGACCGAAUCUCAAAAGAUGCGUUUUCUACAGAAUGGGUCAACAGUACGCCGCUAGGGUUCACGUUAAGCACCGUUCUGAAUUUCACGGAACAUAUGGACAAUUUAACCAUUACGGUUGCGGCAAAUCAGACGGAAGGAAUUCAUGACGGAUAUACGCAUGUGCCAAAAUAUGACAUACCAGUCAUGGUUGUGAUAUGCAUCAUAUUGUCAGUGUUAAUUCUAGCUACAAUUGUUGGUAACGUCUUUGUUAUAGCGGCAAUACUUUUAGAGCGGAGUUUGCAGGGCGUGUCGAACUACUUGAUAUUAUCCUUAGCCGUGACGGACCUGUUGGUAGCUGUGUGUGUAAUGCCGCUGAGUCUCGUCAAUGAAAUCAGCGUGUAUUGGUACCUUGGUAGUUAUCUGUGCGAUUUCUGGACCUCGAUGGAUAUUUUAUGCUGUACGGCGUCCAUACUCCACUUAGUUGCCAUCGCCCUUGACCGCUUUUGGGGCGUUUCAAAUAUCGAUUACAUAAGACGACGAACAAAGAAACAAAUCCUGAAAAUGGUAGCUGUCGUCUGGUUGGUGGCGUUCUCAAUCUCAAUCCCGCCUUUGUUUGGAUGGAAGGAGGAGAGUAAUAAUCCUGAAAAAUUUGGCUUCUGUAUCAUAAGUCAAAACCUUGUAUAUACGAUAUUUUCUACCGUAGGAGCCUUUUAUUUCCCUCUUGUGCUAAUGGUCUUUCUCAAUUUCAAAAUAUAUAUUGUCGCAAGGUCGCGGAUACGGAAGAAAAACUUUAUAGGCAAAAGUAAGCCUGUAGCAAGUACGUUCACAAACGCUGACAUGAAAACGUGUGGACGAACGUCAUCGUGCAGUGACGACGACUAUACAAUAUGUAACGAUUCAAUGGCGGUAACGACGGCUCUUAACGAGGAAAUGCGGUAUUCAGACGCCGCAAAUGGAGGCGGCCUUGCACCGCCUAACAACUCUAGUUAUUUGACGGUUCCCGUUGUCAAUCAAUCUCACAGUCGGCGAUCGAACGGACACGUUGAACCAAACGAUAUCAGCUGUGUAACCAACGUGACUGAUUUGAAUGAUACCGAAAUGGCGACAUUUCAAUCAGUGGUCAACACUGGUCCUGUUCAGCUUCCGUUAAACAAAACAGAAAACAAUAAUCACAAACACAAUCUAUUCACAAUGAAAAAGAAACGGCGAGAAGCGGACAGGAAACGUAAAGACAAGUUAGAAAUGAAACGUGAACGUAAAGCUGCUAAAGUGUUAGGUAUCAUAACGGGGGCGUUCAUUGCGUGCUGGCUGCCGUUCUUCAUACUAGCAGUACUGGCCCCUUUCUGCGGGCAACAUUGCAAUAUUCCCAACGACUUGUUCAGCUUCUGCUUAUGGCUUGGAUACUUUAAUUCUGCGCUUAAUCCGAUUUUGUAUACCAUUUUCAAUCCAUCAUUUCGUAAAGCUUUCCAUAAAAUCAUUUACGGUAAAUACAGAUUAAGUGGGUAAGAACUAAAUUUGUUUAAAAAAUCGUAAAACAUGACGUUUGAUAUAUAGUUUGAUAUUGCCACUACAAUGUAUCUCCGUGUUUUUCAUAUGAUGAUGCGUUUCCUUGUGCAGUUCUAGUGUUGCAUGAAUUGGUGUUAAAUGAUGCGAGAAAAUGAUAUCAUUAUAGUGCAAUAUGA